CAACCUGCCCAUAACUGUGCUAAUCCAUCGCCUCUACAUCAACAACAUGUUCCGCACCGCUCUCCUCCGAAGCGCACGAUGCGUCGCUCAAUCUAGCACCCGCGUGGCCCAGCCUGCCGUCCGCACAUACAUCCGCAGCCCCUUCGUCACAUCACGAAUCUCAACACCAGCAACGAGGAUCGCCGCAGUACGAUGCUAUGCGAGCGCUUCAGGGCUCAGACAGGAGGAGGUGACUGGUCGCAUUCUCGAUCUGCUGAAGAACUUCGAUAAGGUUCAGGACCCAUCAAAGCUCUCUGCAUCCUCUCAUUUCACCAACGACCUCGGAUUGGACAGCCUGGAUACCGUGGAAGUAGUCAUGGCGAUAGAAGAGGAGUUCAGCAUUGAGAUCCCAGAUAAGGAGGCAGACGCAAUCCACAGCGUGAGUCAAGCCGUGGACUACAUCAUGAAGCAGCCAGAUGCCCACUAGAUAUCCCUGAAGCUUUCUUGAAAAGACCCGAGGGCAGGAGGUUUGUUGGCAUACAGAUAUGGGGCGUGGCCUGGCGGAGUCCAGACAGAACCUGGCAAAAUCAUGUACAUUGCAAGCUCUUGAAUUGAGCACCCGACACGAUCUGUACCAUCAACUCCAAUCUGUCACAUUGUCAUGCA